AUGUUUACCACAGAAUGCAAAAGGACCUUAAUAGCCUAUAAUAUAAUAAGAUUACCUGCACCAAACUCUAAUUGUGAAACCACUUCUUCUUAAUUCUCUGGGUACUAUAUUGAUAGUUCAGAGAAUGCUAAAAUUUUAAAUCAAAUUAGAACAAUACAAGCAGUUUAUAAGAGGCCAGAUGCAACUCCUUACAGUAUUCUUGAAACAAAUCCGAUCGCCAAAAAGAGAGGACUACUAAAAUAAAAAACAGAUUAAGUACACUGA